GGAGGGUGAGGAAGAAUCAGAGAGAGACAGCAGAGUGAGGAACAGGUUCCUUCUGCAGCCCUCAGCCUCAGCAGCCAUGCCUAACUUUGCCGGCAACUGGAAGAUGAAGAGCAGUGAGAAUUUUGAUGAACUUCUCAAAGCCUUGGGUGUGAACGCCAUGCUGAGGAAGGUAGCUGUGGCAGCAGCCUCGACCCCUCAGGUGGAGAUCCACCAGGACGGCGAGCAGUUCUACAUCAAAACCUCCACAAGUGUGCGAACCACCGAGAUCAAUUUCCGUAUCGGCGAAGAGUUCAAUGAGGAGACUGUGGAUGGACGCAAGGUCAAGAGCCUUCCCACAUGGGAGACAGAGAACAAGAUUUACUGUCAGCAGACUCUGGUGGACGGAGAUGGUCCUAAAACGUACUGGACCCGAGAGCUUAAAGGGGAUGAACUGAUACUGACAUUUGGUGCAGAUGACGUGGUGUGCACAAGGAUUUACGUUCGUGAGUGAGGCAGUGCAAACCUUCACCUGGACAAAGCUCAUGUGAAUCUCUUCUGCUAACUCAACAAUUCAUUCGCCAAGUUUCCUGUGAAAACUUAACCUCUUAGCAUCAACUAUAAUAGUCUUUACAUGUGAUAGUGUCAGUUUUCUGGUUAUUCGUUGUUAUCAUUGUAUCCGCAGUGCAGUAGCUAGCUCUUUCAGUGUCCAUACCUGCAACCAAGCUAUGAUAAUGUAGGAUUUGGUCUUCGGCUGUUUAAAUCAAGUGUUCAUGUUUGAUGAAAGAAAGCAAUAAAACAUACAUGGAACCAAUUAUAUCAAAAAUCAUUGUUUAUGUGAAUGUAUGUUACAGUUGUUAUGUCUAUCCCUUUAAUUGUGAUGGGAAGGAAAUGUUUUAUUUACUACAACUUGUAUAUUGCAUUAGUUUUGGAAAGACAGUCUAUAGGGCCAUUGACAGUAUACAUUCUUCUAGAAUCUUUGCUUUUUGACUUUUUCAGCUGCAAAGUUUUACCCAAGUCAAAACUAACCAAUUAUUAAAAUAUUUAGUAAUAAAUAAAGUAGUAAAGAAGGAAAUUUCCUCAUUUUAGAGGAAAAGAAUUUAAAAGAAGUUUUGUGAAGAACUAAAGGCAUAUUUUCGAGUAAACUAUAGUAAGACUAUGAUACUUCUCAUUUAUACUGUUACAGCAAACAAGAACAGUAUAUUAAUCCAUCCGUCCAUCUUUUUCCGUUUAUUCCGGGCCAGUGCAGCAUAUGGAAGGAAUGCAGGGUACACCCUGGACAGGUCCCCAGUCUCUCAUUGGGCAACAUAGAGAAGACAUGCAACAAUGCACAUACACACACCCCUACACAAACAAACACAACUUUAAACAACUCAGUUAACCUAGCAGAUAUGCUUUUGGACUAAGGGAGGACAGGAAGACAUGGUAUGACAUGUAUAUUUACGUUAGUUUUAGUCCCAUCUUAGUCAUUACGAUAUGUGAUAGUUUUAGUCGGUUUAAAUCAGCUGAAACUUAACAAGGAUUUAGUCUAGUUUUAGUUGGUUUUAUGUUGCAAAAACUACCAGCCUGCAGCUCUUUCCUAGAUUCUACAAUAGAUGGGUAUAAAAUGCUGCCAUGCGGUUCAUCAUUGCUGUUGGGCAGAAAACUUUGAUUUACAGAAUUCAAUCAAACCUUUUUAGGAAUUAAUGCCUUACUUUAUACAAAAGCUUCUCACAAAAUCUGUGAAAAUAGCAGAUCUAGUUCAACAAAUCAUAUUGGUUAAAAUAGCAGACAGACAAGCAAACAAAAUGUACAAUAAAGCAAUGGUUUUAAACAUAAAAGGUUU